GUGGGAACCGUAGUUAGUUGAAAACGAAAACAGCAGCGUAAAGUGCUAGAUAAGCAAAUACAGGAGAUCAAUUUUUAAAGUGCAUUUAAAAUCAAAGUUUUGUGAGAAAUAAAAAAUGGCUCUCAUUCCGAUUUUGUUCAGUGACUGGUGGGAUGAUAGCUGGGACAGUCAACCCCGACUGCCUCGUGUCCUAGAUCAACAUUUCGGCAGUGGAAUCUGUAGGAAUGAUUUGCUAACAGCCCGUGCUGCGGCACAAUCAGCCAUUCAGAAUCAGCGCCGAUCCCAGUAUGUAAGACCAUGGCGCAAUUUUAAUUUGGUACCGCUCCGGGACUCUGGUUCUGCUAUCAACGUUACCAGCGAUAAAUUCCAAAUUAAUUUGGAUGUUCAGCAUUUCGCACCAGAAGAGGUUACAGUUAAGGCAACGGACAACAGUAUUAUCGUCGAAGGCAAACACGAGGAAAAACAGGACGAACAUGGUCAGAUUUCGAGACAUUUCGUUCGUCGGUACAAGCUUCCAGUCGGACAUGAUGCCAGCCAGAUCGUUUCGUCGCUGUCCUCAGAUGGAAUACUGACCAUAUCGGCCCCGAAGAAAGCGUUACCUGAGCCAGAAGGGUUGAGAACAAUUCCAAUCGUACAGACUGGUCAACCGAAGAGUCAGCCAAAUGAGAAAUCGGAAGCACAGGCGAAUAAUAACAUUGAUGAGAAAAAGUAGAUGCUGAUAGUUUAUAAUUCAAAUUAGUUUACAUAUUUAUUGAAUAAUUUUAUGAGAAAUGCCAAACAGUUAGGACAUACAUUGUUUGUUAGACAUAAAUGUA